CUCCCCAUCUCCCUCUUCACCAAAUCAACCAACUUCCUCUGUUUCACUCUGUUUUGCUCUGUUUUACUCUGUUUUGCUCUGUUUUGCUCUGUUUCCGAUGGCCUCCAGAAGCUUCCUUGUUGUUCUUUUGCUCGUUGCCUUGGUAGCUUCUCCGGCAAUGGCGGGGCACCACCACACCCACUCGAAGUCGCCAGCGCCGGCGCCGUCCCCGGUCGUUUCUGAAGCUCCUUUGGCCCCUGCACCGUCCCCUGUUUCAGCGCCUGCACCGGCGGAGAGCGGCGCUGGUGUUAUUGGUACAGGAUUUGCUGGAUCUAUGGCUGUUGGUGUUGGGAUUUUUGCUGCUGCUUUGUUUUAGAUUAUGGUGGGAAUUUUGUUUUUUUUUUUUUUUUUUUUAUUAAAUUUAUAUUAUUCGAUUUUUGUUGUGAUUAUGAUUAUUCAGUUCUGAGUUUUAGAAUUUCAGUCUAGUGUGGAAAUAAAGUAUUUUUUUUU